UACGACGUAAUAAACGAAAGAAAGGCAGCGCGGGAACAAACCAAAGCACUAAGGAUACUUGUUCGCUCCCUAUCUGUGGAUUGCUUCGCCGAUAGUUUAUGGGCAGAACAUCAAUUUUGGUGGAAGGGAUCAGAUAGAGUCAAGUAAAAAGCUAGAGUAGAAGUUUCAACAUAGCUUGGCUAAGAUUUUUGCGCUGCUCAAAGUUGCUGCAGCUUAGGCCCUACACUCAAAACAAGAUGGCUAGCGCCAGGAAGCGCAAGGUCGCCUUGGCUUGUGAUGAAAAUUCUCCUAAGAAAAAGAAGAUAGCGGCAGUUGAAAAUGAUAAAGAGGACGUUGGUGAAUGUGCAAAUACAAGCCAAUGUCCUGAUACAGAAAUCUUGGCCUACUAUUCCGAGAAAAGGCGAAGUGCUCAGCCCGAGGGUGGUAAAGAAUUUAAAUUUAACAAGAAAAGAGUGAGAGUGAUAUCGGAGGCAAAGGAUAUUCCAGAAGACUGCAAAGGGGUCGUUUACUGGAUGUUUAGAGACCAAAGAGUUGAAGACAACUGGGCUCUUAUUUGGGCUCAAAGAAUGGCAAUUAAGAUGGAAGUGCCACUUGUUGUAGCAUUCUGUCUACCAGCAACUUACCUUGAUGCCACCAUGAGACAAUAUAAAUUCAUGAUUGAAGGGCUGAAACAAGUUCAGAAGGAACUUGAAAAGCUCAGCAUCCCAUUCAAUGUACUGCAAGGAGAAGCCCCAUCUGUGCUUCCAGAUUUUGUAAAAGAACAUAACAUUGGAGCUGUUGUUGCCGACUUUCUUCCCCUCAGAAAGCCAAUGAAAUGGUUAGACGAUGUUGAAAAAAAAUUACCCAAAAAUGUUGCUCUUUGUCAGGUUGAUGCUCACAACAUUGUUCCUUGCUGGGAAGCAUCAGAAAAACUAGAAUAUGCUGCAAGAACGAUAAGGCCAAAAAUAACAAAAAAGCUUACAGAUUUUCUCACUGAGUUUCCCCCAUUAAAAGUGCAUCCACACAAAGCAACAAAAGAUCUAGAAAUGGCUAUUGACUGGAAGUCAGUUGAAAAGUUCAUCAAAGUUGAUACAGGAGUUGAGGAAGUCAAGUGGGCAAAACCUGGAACACUCAAUGGCUUGAUGAUGUUAGAAUCAUUUGUUAAUAAGAGACUGAAGAACUUUGCUUCAGAUCGUAAUGACCCAACAAAGAAUGCCCUUAGCAACCUUUCUCCAUGGUUUCAUUCAGGCCAGAUAAGUACCCAAAGAGCAGCUCUGCGUGCCAGAGAAUUUCGCAACAAAUACAGCGAUUCUGUUGCUGGUUUUCUGGAGGAAAUGAUUGUCAGGAGAGAGCUCUCGGACAACUUUUGCUUUUAUAAUCUGCAGAAGUAUGACUCUCUGAAAGGUGGCUACGAAUGGGCUCAAAAGACCUUGAAAGACCAUCGAGGUGAUAAGAGAGAAAAAGUUUAUACCAAAGAGCAGUUUGAAAAUUCGAAAACACAUGACCCGCUUUGGAAUGCUGCUCAGAAACAGCUCGUGCAGGAGGGAAAAAUGCAUGGCUUUCUUCGCAUGUACUGGGCUAAAAAAAUUCUCGAAUGGACUGCUUCGCCUGAGGAAGGCCUGGCAACUUCAAUUUACUUGAAUGAUAGAUACGCUCUGGAUGGAAUCGAUCCAAAUGGAUAUGUUGGUUGUAUGUGGUCUAUCGUUGGAAUUCAUGACCAAGGGUGGAGAGAACGCCCAGUCUUUGGCAAAAUCAGAUACAUGAACUAUGCAGGUUGCAAGAGGAAAUUCGAUGUCCAAAGUUUUGAAAAGAAAUACGCUUGAAUUUGUCAAAAGGAUCUACAAGGUGGGCGAGUGACGUCAGACUGGGAUUUUAUUAAGGAUACCUCUUUGAAAGGCAUGUUCAAAUAUGGGUACGGAGCAAGGACUGAAUCAAUGUUUAUACUUAGUAUGACUAUUAAGUUGCCCAAUUUAAUGUUUAGUUUCGUUGCAGUGUAAUGUUUGUUUCGAUAUAUCUACCCCACUAGAAAACAGUUUCAUAAUUUGGCAUUUGCCAUCUCCACAAUCUGUCAUCAAUAUAUCGGCAUUUGUUAUAGUAUUUUGUUCACAAGUGUAAAACGCGUUUAGGCCAACUAAAUAUUACGAAAGUUUGCCCUUUGAAAGUUUUUUAGAAUAGUAAUCGAUGACAAGUAAAGCACGCCCCAUAUUUCAAGUCAAUGAAACAUACGCAUACCAUAUCUUUUAACACUGAUGUCAGUAAUCACAUAAUCCCGCCGUACUUUGUCUUUUGCCAACUCUAUGACAUUUCAAGCACCAAAAGGCUGUGUAUUUUUUUAAUCCUGGAAA